AUGUCAGGGUACGAGAAGCCUCAGGAUGCCAAUGCGAAUGAAUACGACGCGAGAAGGCCAUCACAGGCAUACUCUAGCCUUGCCGUACGCCAUGCGCGCCGACCCUCGCAAGACCCAAUGUACCUGCAGAAUGCUUUACCUGGUGCUGCGGACCCCCAGUUGCAGCAGCCCUCAACGGCGUAUGACCGGCAGACUGAUCACAUGAACUACGGAGGUAGCCCUAUUUAUCAACCGCGUGCCACGUUUGAGGCAACACCAUCGGCCUACCAAGACUUUGAGACCCCCAGAAUUUUGCGGGUGUCCCACAAUCCGCCACGAGGUACCAAAGGAGCUCUUCUCUACAUAUAUCUUGACUCAACCAGCGACCUGCUACCGGCUACACCUUCGACUGUGACUCUGAUGUUUGGGUCGCGUUCAGUUCCUGCCAGCCUGACUCGUCUGGAAGCUCCCGAGCAGGAUGUCUGCUACAGAUACAUGGUCUCUGCCAUCGCGCCAGCUUUCUCGGAGACAGGAUCUUCAAUUCUGAGGAUCCCACUAUGUCUACAAGUCCAAGAACAGUCCAAACUCGAUGCGAGGCAGGUUGAUGCUGGUUCGUGGCUAUAUGAAGAUGAGAAGCAGUUGGAAUAUCGUUCGUCUCCCCAAGAAGUCUCCCGUAAGAGAAAGGUUACCGACGAGCCAUCAGAUACCCCUCGGUCGACCAAACGUAUAACGCCGUUGGAGCAACAGACUUCACAAUCUCAAGAGUACGAAUCAUAUCCCUAUCCAUCAGCAAGCUUAGCAUACCCACAAAGCCUACAACAUAACCUCAACACCAUGCAAAGAAAAUACACUGCUUAUGGGAGAUCGCAACUCCAGCAGAGUCUCCAAUCCGAGUCAAAUACAGUGGGAUCGCAAGGUCUGAUUGGUGGUGCUUCGACUUCACAAUCUCUAAUGAGACCUCCCACGGGCCAGACCCCGUCAUGGAUUCCCUCUUAUGGGGCAGAAUAUCAGUCUGGCAGAAACCCACUACCAAACGCGGCACCAUCUUUCCAAGUCUCUUCCCUAUCCUCUCCAAGUCCAUCGAAUCCACAGCUCGUACGCUCAUCGACUUUGGCGCCGCAACCCAGUCCAAGUACUGCGUCUGCAGGCUCUUCCUCAGAUCGUAAAUUCAAUCCAUACACUUUGUACCCAAAUCGAGCCGUGCUUGAGAUUCGCGGGAACCUGAGUGCGAUGCAAGAGAGCUGGACACCAGAAGAACGUGCUGCGAAGCGGAGGAUCGUCCGGUUCUGGGGCGAGCAGAACGGCACUAACCUUAACGCCUACUUCAACCCGGUCAAAGCAGAUGGGCAACCUUUGGCACAUGAGCCGUAUGAAACUUGCAUCAGCUGUAUCUAUUGGGAAGAACGUGACGAGUAUUACAUUACCAGUGUCGACACCAUAUUCAUACUAGAGUCGCUAGUUGCUACGAAAUUUAGCAUCGAGGAGAAGAAUCGCAUUCGUCGCAAUCUCGAAGGCUUCAAGCCAUGCACUGUAUCGAAAGGCAAGCCCGAGAGCGAAAGCUUCUUUAAGCUCAUCAUGGGGCUCCUCAACCCAAAGCCUCGAGUUAUUUCGAAGGAUGUGAAGGUGUUCCACUGGCCCAUACUUGAGCAGGCUCUGAAAAAGAUCAUCAGCAAAUAUUCUGCAGACCCAUCUUCCAUCGUCGGUCCCCGUGGAAGACAGUCAAGAAACAACUUCAGCGGACCCCAGUCAGAAGCAGGUGCUGGCCGAUACAGCGACCUCUCUUCUCGUUCCAUGUCCGGCUCCGCGGUCUCCGGCGCAUAUGCACCAACACUUAAAUCGAGUCCACUCUCGCCACCUUCUGCAUCACAUGGUCUAUCCAGGUACUCACAAGCAUCUCCUUUGCAACGACUUUCAGCCCCCAGCCUCUCGCACUCCUACACCGUCCCAACACUAGGCUCGCACUACAUGCCUAACGACACCUCCAAUUCACCCUACGCCGUUCAAGUCUCUAUCCCCGACCAUUCAUCCGCCUAUACUGCCUCCAACCGUCGGCAGCCGCAGAUCUAG